AUGCAAAUUUGUUGGUCGCAAAGUACGACAGGAUGGGUUGGAGCAGAUGGAUAUCUUCGUCUUCAAGACUAUAUAGCUGAUAAUGAGGGCUACCGGAUAUACAAAUCAAAAACUGUAUAUGUAGGACAAAACAGGCCAAUUGGGGAAUCAAUAAAGAUUGCAAAAACAGCACCAACAGAUUCCGGUUUCGGUGUUACACCUGCGCCUCCAGUACAGCGCACGCGUGGUCCUCCACCUAUUACUUCUACCACAUUAUCACCCCACCAGCCUUCAUCAACACUCGCCCCACCACAUUAUCCUUCCGUAGUCUCUAUCACUCCACCACCCAGAUCAUAUUCUAGUCCAUCAUCGACUCCAAAUGUCUAUGUUUCUCCCAACUCUAUUGACUCAUCUACACCAAAAUACGACUUCAGACCUAUCACUGCAAGCGAAGCAACACCAUCACCCAGCCCCUACGAUUUUGACUCUUCAAACACAAACACCGUCGAUGAUGGCUACUACGCAAGCGAUAGUAGACGAUACGAUGUGUUCAAUCCAAAUUCAUACAGACAUGCUGAUGCAUGGCUGCAAAAACAACAACCUUCAAUACGAAUCGGUGAUGGUUAUACUCCGCAAUUUCCUGGAUACGACGGUGUAGCGUUUAGACGUAAUGGUUUUCGCUAUUAUCUACCCAAACAAUAUCACGAAGAAGAGUCGAGCUCGUCAAACGAUAGAACGGGUAGUUUUGGAUAUGUCGAUCCGUUUGGCAUUCGCAGAGUAAUCUAUUACAAUACAGUACCGGGCGAAGGCUUCCAGAUUCGCAAAAACAACAGAUAUGUUGGCCAUGAUGCGACUCCAUACGAUCCGAGACCAGUGGAUUAAAAGAAACAUUCCUGUGGUCAUUUAAGUUACCUAACUAUUUAUUAUUAGAAAAUUUAUAUUUCAAGUUAUUGUAUUUUAAGGAGACAAAACGACUUAUAUUAAUCGAACGAAGCGAACUUCUUAGCCAUUAUUGACCAAGUGGAUUAUAAUAGCGCACAUAAAUAUUACUCGAGUGUUUAACAUUUUUAAUUAAUUUCACAAAUAAAUUAUUAUAAUAGUACUAUUAAGUUCAGUGCCAUUGUGCAAUUAUAUAAAAUAGUUUUAAGUAAAGAUUACCUCGUUUAUAGAUCAGUCUCAAGUAGAUAUUUUUCUAUUAUAGCACUGAAUGACGCGGUUAAACUAUUCAAAAUUAGCAACAAAAUAAGGAAACUGGUCAUUAUGUCAUUAAUAAGCAUCACUGUGAACGGACAUUGAACUCAAUAUUAAGUUCAAAUGAUCUCUUUUUAAAGUUUGAGCGUAGGUGCUUAAGUAUACAUAUAAGGACCUUUUUAAAUAAAUAAUUGCAUUAAAAAAAGAAUGAAGGCUCGAUUAUACAUUUUUAUGUAUUUUUUUGCUUUUAUGAGCAAUCAAUAUAUUUAUGACUUGGGGAAAAUAGGGUAGAUGACCCGCUUAUGGCCAUUCGACUCUUUUUGGCCUACAAAAGGCCAUUUCAAAUAACUGACACUAAUACAUAUUACUUCACCGUGUUUGAUCUUCUAAAUAUUAUAAAAUUAUCAUCAUUGAUAACUGUAAUGUGUUUUAACUUCACUUUCUCGUCACUUUUAAAAUGGCCAAAACUAUGUCUUAAUCUUAAAAUAGCCAAAGCCGGGUCAUCUGCUCUACGUUACGCACUAUCCCUGCCACCUGGGCAGUGGGUAUGCCUCUCAUCAACUAACGGUCCAGCUCAAUGGAGUAGUAUUACCCACUAAAAACACUGGACAUGACUCUCCCAUGGGAGUGAUAUCCGGGAACAUGAGCGUAAUCGCCGGGCCAUGUAGCAAUCAACCCUGAUUAAAUUAAAACUUAAGAGAACAAGUUUGUACAUAUAUAGCAUUAUACUUGGAUUAUUUGAUCAUAUUUGAAAGCACCACAUAAUUAUUUAAAAAAUUGUUUGACAGAGAUUCUAAUUGUAACAAAUUAUUUCGAGCAGAUUUGCCGAUGAAGAUUAUUUCUGUGCCACUUUUAUUCAAAUUGUAAAAUUGUCUUUCAUAUGUAAAAAUUAUAAAUAACUAAUAAUUCAACAUAACUUUGAGGUGAAUGUUUCAAAGUUGCUGCGGAUAACUUGUCAUUUAUUUUUAAACGACAUUAUUAUUAAGAAUGAUGUCAUUUUUCUAAUGUCAACUUGUUGCAGUGACUCUCCUUGGGUAUUAUUUAAAUUUGUACAAUAUAAAAUAAGAAAAUUUAUAAUUUAUUUCACUGUGUAACUCCUAAUAUUUUUUCUGACAUUGUAUUUGCAUUGUGUGUAUAAGACUAAUUGUUAUUUAAUUAUUUUGUGUAAUAAAUUAAUUGUUUU